AUGUCUACAGCACAACGCAUUCACAUCGCGAUCACCACACAAACACCUCCCAGCCAUCAUCAGAGAUCGUGCCAAAGCUGGAAUCUCGUACUACAUGUCUUCCUGGCCCCUGCUCCUGCCAAGCUGCCAAACCACUGCAAUGCCUCCAGCCAUUGUGGCCGCUGCAAUGCAGGUAUCAUCGAUCGGUUGCACAAAUUCGUCGUCGUAGAAGAGAGCGAUCGCAACGACCAUACUUGAAGAGUUGCUGCUGUGAGCAUCGUUUAGCCUUUGAUAGGUUUUGUACGGCUUCCACGUAAUGCUGUCACAUGUAACGAUGAAGAACUCGCGCUACCUUGGGUCCCGUUUCGCCAUCAUGACCACUUUCGAGUUCUCCUACACACCUUCGCCGC